AUUUUUUCCCCAUUUCGCGAAAACAGUCAAAACAAAUCCGUCUUUCAUAAAUCCACCGAGGGCAAAAUUGUCUUUCUAACAUCGCCUAUAAACAUCAGACGUUCGCUUUCACAAAUACACCCCCUAACACACUCUCUCAGUACAAAAAGAGCGCAACACACCGCCCUCUCUCUCUAGCACUACUUCAAACAAUUGGUCGUUGCCUGACAAUAACAUUCGUCAACGUCGCCGUCGUUAUAUUGCUGGAAACUUUCGCCGGAAAAUAAUCCAACUGAUAUACUCUUCCACAGUUUCACUUUUAUCAACCUUCCGUAUUUCCGACGACUUCCCCGGUCGUCUACUGUGGACGGACGUCAGCGGCGGAGAAGGAAGAGAAAAUAAGUUCCAAUUUUAACUAUUUUAUGGUACAGCAUCACACACGGUGUUGAUUGCCGGAAAGUACGCCGUAUUUUUAUAUUUAUAGACAGUGAGCUAUUUUAGUUCCGUUUAAUAUAACUCGGUGAGCUAUUGUAGUUCCGUUUAAUAUAACUCGGAGGAAGAGAAACGACGUUGUUUUGGGCGAAGGUUUAUGUUUGUUAUUAAAAGGAGGGAGUUUUAAAACGGGGUUUUGUUUAAAACGCAGUCGUAUUGAGUAACAAAAAAUGGUUUGACUGAUUUAUUCUCGAAAGAAGAAAAAGCAGAGUAACAGAACGGAACGGUGUCGUAUGGGGAGAUUAGGAGUUGGGGUAGCAGUGGGGUGUGCUACGGCGGCGUGUAUUGUAGCAGCAGCUAUGGUGGGUAAGAGGGUAAGGAGGAGGAGGAAGUGGAGGAAGAUGUUGAAGGUAUUGGAGGAACUUGAAGAGUCAUGUGCUACACCUGUUGGUAGACUGAAACAAGUAGUUGAUGCUAUGGCUGUUGAAAUGCACGCUGGACUUGCCUCUGAAGGCGGGAGUAAACUCAAGAUGUUGCUUACGUAUGUUGACAAACUCCCAAAUGGGAGUGAGAAGGGAACAUAUUAUGCACUGGACCUUGGUGGUACGAACUUUAGAGUUUUGAGAGUCCACUUAGGAGGCCAAAGGUCUGCUAUUCUUGGACAAGACAUUGAACGCCAACCCAUUCCACAACACCUAAUGACUAGCACAAGCAAGGAUCUCUUUGAUUUCAUUGCAUCAUCGCUAAAGGACUUCAUUGAAAAGGAGGGUAAUUUCUCGGAGCAGCCUUCACCUGGGAGGAGAGAACUUGGCUUCACAUUCUCAUUUCCUGUGAAGCAAUCUUCUGUCUCAUCUGGCAUUUUGAUGAAAUGGACAAAAGGAUUUGCGAUUGAAGACACGAUCGGAAGAGAUGUUUCUGAAUGUCUGCAACUAGCAAUGUCCAGGAAAGGUCUAGAUGUGCGGGUUGCAGCACUGAUAAAUGACACUGUGGGAACUCUAGCUCUUGGACAUUAUAAUGAUGAAGACACAGUUGCUGCAGUUAUAAUUGGGACUGGCACUAAUGCAUGCUAUCUAGAGCGGGCAGAUGCGAUUAUUAAGUGUCAAGGUCUUUUAACAACAUCUGGAGGCAUGGUGGUCAAUAUGGAAUGGGGAAACUUUUGGUCAUCUCAUUUACCAAGAACCUCAUAUGACAUCGCAUUGGAUGUUGCUAGCCCAAAUCCAAAUGAUCAGGGCUUUGAGAAAAUGAUAUCAGGAAUGUAUUUGGGAGACAUUGUUAGGAGAGUGCUCCUUAGAAUGUCGGAGGAGGAAUCAGAUGACUUUGGACCUUCAUCUUCAAAAUUAGCAAUCCCUUUCAUCUUGAGGACACCGUUGAUGGCUGCUAUGCACGAGGAUGAUUCACUUGACUUGAGUGAAGUAGCCAAAAUUCUGGGAGAAGUUCUGGAGUUACCUGAUGUGCCAGUGAAAGUUCGGAAGCUUGUAGUGAAGGUAUGUGAUGUCAUUACUCGAAGGGCUGCUAGACUAGCAGCUGCUGGUAUCAUAGGAAUCUUGAAGAAGAUUGGUCGAGAUGGGAGUGGGGGCAUAGCCAGUGGAAAAUUCAGGAGUGAUAGGCCAACUCGGAUGAGAAGAACAGUUGUGGCUAUCGAGGGUGGUUUAUACACAAGUUACACCUUAUUCAGAGAAUACCUGGAUGAAGCGAUGAUGGAAAUUUUAGGGGAAGAAGUUUCCUCUCAUGUCAUUCUUAGGGUCAUGGAAGAUGGAUCAGGCACUGGAGCAGCUCUUGUUGCUGCUGCAAAUUCACCCUCUGAGGCGGAUAGGGUACCGCUGCAGUGAAUAUAAGCAAACACUUUAUACACACACACACACACACACACACAUAUCUAUCUAUCUAUCUAUAUCUAUAUAUAUAUAUAGAUAUUCAUCCUAUACACAGCUUUGUAAAUUGUAGAAAAUUGUUUCAAUAUCUCAAUCCGUCAAAUGUAAAAGGGAAGGUAUAUGCAUGUGUCAUAGUUUGUGUCAAAUAUGAAUAUUAUAGUCUAGGAUACAGCCAUUGCUGUCUUAGAAUGAUAUUGGCCCAUUGCAAGUUUAAGUAAAUUAAUGGAAGUGCCGAUUUCAGUGUUAACCCCUUUCUGUAUUUUGUGUAUAAAAGAGAAUCUUUUGAAACGCUCUCAUUAAAUGAUUUAUUCAUUUGUUAUAUGUCUCAAA